UUCACGCAACAAACUCAACUAAUAAUCCAGCAAACCCUUAUGUCUUCAAGAGUCUACAGCCAACGGAGGUCUGCUCGCCGCCAAAUUACACUGCCUCAUGAGCCGCACCUCACCCUCCGCAAACGCUCCUACAACACUGUGCAGCACACCAUGGUUAUUAAACAGCACCAGAUCGCCCUCUUCCCACUCAUGCGCGUAGACAUACUCCGGGCUGAUUCCCGGCCGCUGCAGGCGGUACACGAUCUCACGCACCUGCGCCAAAUCGUCGAUGACGCUUCCGUCCUGCAGGUGGAUGCGUCGUACGGCAGACGGGUGGAUCUGCAGCGCCAGCUGGCCCGUGACGGGGUUCUUCCAUGCCAUGGGCAGGAUCUGGAUCUUGUUCGCGUCGAUGGCUGGGAGCUCUGUCUCGGACAGCUCGCGGCCUUCGGUGUACAGGCCCAGUCCUGUCGGGAGCGAGCGGGCCCGGCUCAUCCAGAUGUACGGAUGCGGCGCGUACUCGAUCUUGCUGGUGCGGACGAAUUCCUUGUCCUCGUCUGA